AUGAACUUGGGGGCUGAUGACGCCUAUGAGUUUGUCAAGUUCAUAUAUCCCCAACAUGCCCAGUGCUUGGUUGACCUUAAGCAUCCGGCAAUUGACAGGGUUGGAAGGGACCUUUUCUCGAUUUCUGUCGACUCGAGCCAUAAAAUAUGGUCAUCUGGAGGUUGGCAGAGAAGCCGAAAAACCUGCCAGUAUCUGCUCGAUUCAGGCUGCCUUUUCGAUGUAAAGAACUUCCGCAAGGCAAUUUCCGCGGGUAAUACGGAGCUAAUAGAUCUCGCGAUUCGGAAUGGGUUCACAAUAUACCGGCCUGUGGUUAAGAGGGAUAUUUUCGAGUCUUUCAGAACUUGGGAGGAUGAGUCCGGACCUGAGGAGGAUAUGCUGGCGGCCCUUUUUGAACACAUGGUCUUGAAGUGGAGCGAGAAGCCAGACCCCUUCAUCGAUACAUAUCUUCGUGGAGCGUGCCGACUGGUUUUCCACGGUGCUGAUUCCUCGAAUGUGAUUAGACUAGUACACGAUACUCUACAACGUGUUCUGACGGAGCGUUAUAACUGUUCCCCGACGUAUUUCACCGAACACCGCUUGAGCCGCGCUAUUGCAUCUAGUAGGGCUCCUAUUAUCACAAAGGUAACGGGUCUGGGAACAACGGACGAAAUUUCGGAGCAAUUUGUCUAA